UUCUUAUAUACAGUCUAUGGUGUUACAUGACGUUCUACUGCUCUUGAGCUUUCCCACUGUGGAAAAACCUUUUUCAAUUUAAAAUAUUAACCACAAGCCGCUUCAUAAAAACAUCCACCCCUAACUCUCCUCUGCCUACCUGUCAUCAUUUGGUCCAGCCAGCGGGUUCAUUCCGGCAAACCCUGGCAUGUUGAUGUGGUCCUUGAUGAUCAUGACGUCCCCCACUUUGUAGUCCUGGUUGAGGCCGCCAGCUGCGUUGGUCAGGAUCAUCGUCUCCACGCCCAUCAGCUUGAAGACGCGCAUAGGCAGCGUGAUCUGGAGAACACACGGAACAAAACUCCUUCCAGCAUGAACAACUUGGAUCUUACCCCCACGCCUACCGCUGCCGAUGAAACAGAUGGUAACGACAACCCUGUGAGCAAUGACGUCUCCACGGCCUUGGGUGCUCUCAUCCUCGGCUUGGUCUUCCUCCUGGGAGUCCCUGGCAACCUCUUCAUCGUCUGGAGCAUCCUGGCGCGCAUCCGGCAACGCUCCGUCACCACCAUCCUCAUCCUCAACCUGGCGUGCGCCGAUGGCUUCCUCAUGGCCCUCACCAUCUUCUUCGUUAUCUACCUGGCCAUGCGGUCAUGGGUCUUUGGUCAAGUCAUGUGCAAAGGCGUGUUCUACCUAUGCAACUCCAACAUGUACGCCUCCAUCUUUCUGAUCACACUGAUGAGCGUGCACAGGCUGGUGGCCGUGGUGUUCCCGAGUAGACUGUCCUCCCUGGUCAGCAGGAAGAUUGUGAGGAGGGUGAUCGUAUGCAUGUGGCUGCUGGUGAUGGUGUUUUCUGUUCCCUCACUGGUGUUUCGAGACGUGAUAAAGAACACGCAUAGAUCAGAGUGUGUGCCCCAUCACAGCUGGUCUCGAUAUGUAAAGUUUCAGUAUGCCUUUGAGACAGUGGUGGGAUUCAUUCUUCCUUAUACAGUCAUCAUAAUCAGCUACGUCCUCAUCCUGAAACGCCUGAGGCAGACCAAGUUCCAUCGAAAGAUGUGCAGCGAGAAACUCAUCCUGGCUAUCGUGGUGAUGUCUGGCCUUUUCCGGUUGCCGUACCAUGUUGUCAACAUGAUACAGGUGGCAGCUGAGUCUUACCCAGACAAUUCAAUCACACAAACAAAGUUGUACCAAAUCUCUCAGUCCAGUCGUGCAGUGACCUCGGCUUUGGCCUUCAUCAGCAGCUGUGCUAAUCCUAUCCUCUACACCAUUGCUGGGAAGUCCUACAUCAAGCAGAGUGGCCUUGCCUUCAUGGCUCGGCUCUUUGAGGACCAAACAGAAAACAAAAAGAGUCAGAUCAUGGGUAAAGACAAAGUGGUAACCAGCAAUGUUGACUCUGCAAACAGCACAGGAACUCCUACUAUACAAAAUGUGAGCAGAGCUUAAAAUGAACUUUGUGCUAGUGCUCUGAAAGGGAAAAUACUUUAAACUACAUGUGGAGUUCGUAGAUUUUGCAUAAAGCAACAUUUGAGCCUAAAUUUUCUCUGUGCAGCUUUGAGUUGACUGUCAAGUUUUGUGUUUUGUAGGAAAAGUGGUCCAGACAGGCUUCCUAUAGAGAUUUCUAAUCAAUUUAAAAACAACCAAUCUUGGAUAUGCUAUAGGAGUCCUCCAAAAGAAAGACUAGCUACCAUCUCUCAGAGGGACACUAAUCACUCCCACAGACCUAUGUUGCUGCUUAAAACAGAUAAAAAAAUCUUAGGCAAGACUUUUUUGAGGAGCCUUGAAGAGUUACUGCCGUCCAUGAUGAAAGAUGACCCAAACGGCUUUAUACAUGGGAGGCAGGUGUUGAGAAUUAUUUUAGAAUAUUACAGCCUAAAUUGUUAUCAUUAAUUGCUAGAGUGAAGGUGGUCUGCAUUGGCAUCAUUUAAAGUAUUAUUUUAGAGUGUAAAGUUAAGAUCACAACGCUGAAACUCUAUAGCUCUGAGAGUGUGUGGUCCUCUCUGUUUCUAGCUGCCCGGAGGCAGUAACAGUAGCACGUGUGCUCUGAAACACCAGCAAAGGAAAAUGUAGAAGCAGAAUGAGUGAAAAUUGUUUUACAAAACAUACAUGAAUGCAGUAAGAAUGUCCUGUCUAUAGCACACAGCACAAGAGACACCAGCUUAUUCCACAAAGUCAUGUUUUUGGUUAAAAUCGCUUGAUCAGCAGAGGCCAUGCCCAGGACACAGAGAGGGGGGGCAUUGCAGACACAGUCAUCAGUGAUUAUCCUUAAUCAAUAUUAAUAAUCAUUGUUAAUCAUUUUAAUCAGUUUUAUUAUCAUUAAUCAGUUACUUUAAGUAAUCAUUCUUAUAUCAUCAUUUUAACCAUUUUAUUAGUAUUAAUCAUUAAUCAUUCUUAAUCAUUUACUUUUUACCUAGAUGUGCUUCGGUUUUUACUUAUAAGUAGUGAACUGUAGUCAUGAACACAGAAACAGAUCCUUGAGUGGAAGGAAUGACUGCAGGAAGUGGCUGCAGGUGAUUUGCCUUGUCCAACUGUCAUCUACUGUAGAUUAUGACCAUAGGAGAGGCUGCAGGUGUGCAAGAUCUGCCGACACUGUGACAGUGCAUGUUUCGUUCUGCUGUUAUCUACUGUUGUGAUUACAUGAGGAACUGCUGAUGUGUUAAUCUGCUAAUAUUAAGACUACAUGCUUAAUUACUGAUUAAGGGGGUUUGAUUGUCAAAAACACGACAGACAGAUGAUAAGCAGAAAGCGGCCAGCAUAACAUCAAGAAUGCUGUAAGAAAUCAAGCAUUAAUGAAAAAUGCAACUUUUCUUAUUUUAUUCUUAUAUUAAUUGUUUAAAAAAUACAAUUGUGUGUCAAAUUAAGCAUGCAUAACCUUUACAAAAUACGGUGAGACUGAAGUUGAAAUGUAAAUGAUGAACUUCUUAUCCAGUAGUAUAAAGAUGUAGAAAGAAAACAAUACAGUAAUAAAUGACAGCUGGGGAACAGUGUUAAUUGGUAAAAACAACACAACAACAGAGGAAAAGAAGUUCAUCAUGAGGAAAGGAGGGGGCAAACCAGCCCAGAAGUGAUAUAUAUAAGACAUAGGAGGGACUUCAUCCUCCGACCUGCUAGGAUGUUGUACGGGUUUAUUUGUCCUGUUUUGGAAUAAAGUCUUUUGCGCCGA